AAUUCUCCUCAAGGCUCUGACAGUCAGCUGGCAAUAACCUACGUCACUAAGGGAGCGUGUGCCCCGCCCAGGAUUUUCUCGCGAUAGCUAAGGCUCACGGCGCUCGCGCGCUGCUGACGGUAGCUGGCGGAGGUGUGCUGCACGGGGACACAGACACAAGGCGGAAACUGAUUUUCACAGCGGCGGGGAACUCCGGAAGUGCAAACUGAAUGUGCUGCAGACUCCAGUACACACGCUGAAUACAAAGUAUACAAAUGAAUGGAUGAAGCCAUGUAAAAAUCCAGAUGUGCACCUUGGAGAAGUGCUCCGUUAGAACCUAAAACAAGUAGAAAACCUAUUACCGACCCUCAGGUGUUGCUGGCCUGCAGUAUAAUUCAUCAUGGAAUAACUAUAGGAAUACAGUGAUCUCCAGUAACAGAAUGCUUUUGGCAGCAGGAGAAAUGGGAGACGAUCGACCCUUUGUGUGUAGUGCUCCUGGCUGUGGGCAGCGAUUUACAAACGAAGACCAUUUGGCUGUCCACAAGCACAAACAUGAAAUGACUCUAAAGUUUGGGCCAGCAAGGACAGACUCUGUGAUCAUUGCAGAUCAAACCCCAACCCCUACACGCUUCCUGAAGAAUUGUGAAGAAGUGGGAUUGUUUAGUGAGAUUGCCAGCUCAUUUGAACAUGAUUUUAAAAAAGGAGCAGAAGAUGAUGAAGACAAGAAGAGUGCAGGACCACUGGACAUGUCUCUGCCAUCCACCCCUGACAUAAAAAUCAAGGAAGAGGAACCAGUAGAAGUGGACUCCUCCCCUCCUGACAGCCCAAAUUCUUUUACUGACGAAAAGGUGCCACUGAAGCCACAGGUCAGCUCUACUCCCACUCCGACAAUAGUUCGACCUGGCUCUCUACCCCUCCACCUGGGCUACGACCCCCUGCACCCUACACUGCCUUCCCCCACGUCUGUCAUCACACAGGCUCCGCCAUCCAACAGACAGCUGGGUUCUCCCAGCAGUAUUGUCCCUCUAAUGAUGCAUCUGGGAAAUGGACAUAAUGUCCCUUUCCUGCCAGGUCCUCACGUACAGAUGCCCUCCGUUAUAUCGUUGGCAAGGCCUUUAUCCAUGGUACCUAACAUUCCUGGAAUCCCUGGCCCACCAUUAAUUGGUGGUGGUGGACAUAUAUCUCCUUCAGGACUUUCUGCUCAUUCAGAGGCCAAAAUGAGACUUAAAGCCUCCCUAACCCAACAGAGCCCAUCUUCUCUAAAUGGAGGCAUGGCAAUGGUUACACCACGGCCUGAACAGAGCCAGAUCCUUGUCCAGCACCCAGAUGCACCAUCUCCCGCACAACCUCAGUUCUCCCCUGCACAGCCCACAGGAAGUCGAAGGCGCAGAGCAGCGGAUGAUGAUCCAGAUGAGCGCAGGCAGAGAUUUCUAGAACGGAACAGAGCAGCUGCCUCUCGUUGUCGUCAGAAGCGCAAGGUCUGGGUGUGCUCUCUGGAGAAGAAGGCAGAAGAGCUGACCACUCAAAAUGUCCAGCUUAAUAAUGAGGUGACACUUCUUAGGAAUGAAGUGGCCCAGUUAAAGCAGCUGCUGCUGGCCCACAAGGACUGUCCCGUAACAGCUCUGCAGAAGAAGAAUCAAGUUUAUUUGGAAACUUUAAAGGACAACUGUGAUGCAACGAGAUCUCCAGGGCCAGUCACUCAGCACAGCUCCUUGACUGCUGCCUCCCCCAAUGGCCUCCGUUCUCCGGCUGAACACAUGGCCACCUCCGUGCUCACACAAAUGGCCAGCCAAAGGACAGAUGGCCACAGUCAGAUUCUGCAAUCACACGUCAUCAUGUCACCACAGUCCCAGGCAACCAGCAGAUGAUGAAACAAUGUUAUUUGACCUAGAACUAACCAGUGGAACGUCUCAGCCCAAGAGACUGAGCUGCAAAAACUAAGCCCGAGUAACGAAUGGGCGGAUCCGGAUUAUAAAUAUAUAAACAUAUAUUUCGUUUUUAAAGUUCGGUAAGGGUUGCGUAGGGAGACUUUAAUUAAACGUACAGAGAUACACAUAUUUCAAGUGAUUGAAGCACUAACUAAAGAUCCCAACAGGUCAAAGCACUAACAUACUGGCAAUCGUGAAAACAAGGGCUUCAUGCACUAAUGGACAUGCUUUGAAGACACCAGUGGACAUGCUCUAAAGACACCAAAACACACACCAUGUGGCCUACUAGAAUUGCAGUCCUAAAGUUUACUUGAGCAAAUGGGACUUCAAUAUAAGGUUUAAGCAUUUCAGUGCCAGCAGGGUGGGUUUUUUUUCCCUGGUGCUCCUUGCCUGAGCACUGCACCUUCCCAUAUUAUCAGGUCCACUAUUACAGUCUACCUUAUUACUCAGUGCGACUCUUCCACAUCUUAUCUUUUUGUCAUUUACUCCCUGGAAAAAGCAAUGUCAUCCAGCCUCUAACUGUCCAUGGAAUUUCAUUGUUAUGGCAAGUCAGUGGAUACAUAUUAUGGUCAAAAGAUCCAAUUUCAUCUUUAUUAGGGGUUGAUUUUGCAAAGGGUCUUGAAGCAAGCAAGGUGCUGAAGGACCCCACAACACAUUGCAGAGCAAUACAUAGCCCCCCCACCACCUAUGCAAGGAUUUAUAAAGCGGUGGCCUUUCCAAGCCAUUUAUAUAAGACAAGGAGCAGCACUCUGGACACUGCAGCGCUACCUAUUGUCAAUGCAACGUGGAUUUAACAAGGCAGUCUCAAUUGCUUUAGUUUUUUAACAACGGAACUGUAAUUGCUUUUCUUGUAAAGAUGCUGGGUAGUUCAGUCUUCCAUUGAGACAUGCAGCUAAUAUGUGUGCUACUUUAACCCUUAGAUGUUACCAUUUUGAAGUCUGUCUCAAACACUAAAUAUAGCCAGCUAUGUACUCUUUGGAGCGUUAUUCAGUAAGUCUUCCAAUCUCAAUCUGCUGAUGAGUGACUGAUGCUCCGACAUAUUCUCUUCUGAGGAUUCUGCUUGUUCAAGGCAAUUCACCUUUCAGUGUAGGUCUGUCUGUUAAACCAUUAAAUGAAACAUCACCCGUUACCGUCUUCAUACAUAGAAUAGAAGUCAAACAGUGGAAAUAGUUGUCCAUGUGGCUGAAUCUUAUCAAGUUGUCUAGUGAAAUAAUCUACAGAGUCUUUGUGGCGUUGGAUUUAGGACUGAACGUGGGUCUUUUUGGAGGCUGCUUCCUGCUUCUCGCUAUGCACAGUAUAAAGAGGAUUAUAUCUAUGGUCCUCCAUCUUCCCCACCUAUACUUGUAUCAGUGAUGUUUUCCCUCCUAAACUCUUGCUUUUCUCUGUUUCAGGUAUUUAGCUAUGCACCGUGAGAGUCCUUCUUACAGAACUCUUUCGCAUUGUGAUUACAGCAAGGGAUGGCAUGAUUCUUGAUGAAUCCUAAUUCUGUCCUGUUGCUCUGUUGUGCCUCUUCCUUGUAGUCAAGGAUAAAAACUAUGCUUUAGUGAGUGCUGCAUGAUACUCUUACAGAGACUUUUUGCCAGCUUUUAUUAACAAAUAGAGGAGCUACAUUUACUCAGAGAAGAUGCUUACUUUAUCAUGUGGAUCUUGUUAUAUACUUUUAAAAAAAAUGUACCUAGUGUUGCAGGUAGGGGAUGCACCGAAUCCAGGAUUUUGUUCAGGAUUCGGCCAGCAUUCAGCAAGAUUCGGCCAAAUCCUUAUGCCAGGCCAAACCGAAUCCUAAUUUGCAUAUGCAAAUUAGAGGUGGGGAGGGAAAUCACAUGACUUUUGUCACAAAACAAGGAAGUAAAACAUGUUUUCUCCUUCCCACCUCUAAUUUGCAUAUGCAAAUUCGGUUCCGUAUUCGGCCGAAUCUUUCGCAAAGGAUUAGGGGGUUCGGCCAAAUCCAAAAUAGUGUAUUUGGUGCAUCCCUAGUUGCAGGAAAGGCAGUGCAGCAUCAGCUUCUGUUCAGUGGUUAGAUUUGGUGAAUGUUUGGGUAGGGUUUUUUUACCAGGUGAUAAUCUAUGCUGUAUUAUAAUUACAGUUCGUGAACAUGUACCAUAACAACACUACGCUCUAAUACUGUAUUAUCAUUUCAUAAAAUAACUGUUCAAAUACCCGCCCUCUGAAUCAUUUUCAUGAUAGUUGGGUAUUGGAAAAACACAUCCUUUUAGAUCCCACUCAUUCAUUGAAAUGUCUUUCAGCCCACCUUUUGGGUAGUUUGUUUAUGGCCAUGUUUCUGAUGCUUUAUCUUUGCACCACCUCCAGUUAACUCAGGUCUACAGUACUGUGUGUCAGUUUUUUUAACUUUUAAAUUGCCCCCCAUUAUGUCUGACUGGAAUCAAUUGUGGAUAUCUUGGUUUUCACCAUUGUGAGAUAGAUGUUAAUCUUGUCAGUAGCAGUACAAAACCCAUGCUAUGAGGACUUUAUAUUUACAUUUCUACAUGGGCAUGUGAUAUAUCUGCCUUAAGUUGCAUUUGAUAAGUAAAUGUAUAUGUUUCAACUUACAUACAAAUUCAACUUCAGAACAAACUUAGAGACCCUAUCUCCUUCGUAACCCAAGGACUGCCUGUAUUGACACUUCUGAGAAGUAAAUCUUGAAAUAAUUGAGAAAAACCCAAAGUAAUGUUUCAAUGAAAGGACCAGCAACAUCCAAACAAAAUGAAGGAUAUUCAUACAAACUUACAUAUCAAUUUUUUCUAUCCUGAGCAUAUACAAUUGUUUUCUUUAAAGUAAAAGUUAUCUUUUUAUUGCAAGUGCAAUAUACAUUGAAAUGCCUUACUCUAUUGCUGAAAUUAUGGUAUAUCCAUAGGAGCUGUGUAUGAUUUAUUAAUCAUAUGACUUUCUCAUAUAAAUGUGAUUCUUGGUAUAGUUAAUGAGGAUUCCUGGUACUUUAACUUUGCUUAAUAUCCGAGGCUUUUUACAUUUUAUUGGUGUUAUUACAUCCUGAUACGUUGUAGUUACACCUCUUAAUCUUUGUGCUGUGUUCCCUUGCUGCCUGGGGAAGCCUUUUGAAAAACUAGUGUCUGGAGCAACCGCUGACAUAGUAAGUGACUGGUGAUAAUAUUUAGUAUGUGAGCCAUAUUUGUCUUAGAAUGGCAACAAAAAAGAUACACACUAAGAUACAACUUUUGUAUUCUUUUGUGCUAACUCCCCAAUCCAGGUAACCUACCAAUGCUCAGAUUAGUAAUAAUAAUAACAGUUAAUAUUAUUAAUGCCAUAGCUAUAACAUUUCAAGUGAUAUCAAUUUUUUUUUAUUU